CUGAAAUGUUUAAAAUUAUUGUUUCUUUAUUCUUUGUGGCGUUUUUAUUAAAGAUCAAUACAGAAAAAUUAUCUGGCAUUGAAUACGAUAAUGCUGUAAAAGUUUUAAAUGCAACUUUAUUGAAGCUUGAAAAUGUAACAGGGAAUUUGUAUACAGCCCGCGAAGUAAAGUCUGCUUUCAAAUUCAUACCUGAUGAAGUUUAUUCUUAUGAAGCUACUCUUUCGGACGACACAAAUGACCGCAAGAAAUGCACGAUAACGGUAACAUAUAGUACUGGUGUUUAUGAUGCUUUGGCAGUAAUAAAUUGUGAAGGUGAUAGGACAGUAGCUGAAACAAUCGAUAAUGAUGUUAAUAUAGGUAUUAUACCGUAACAUACAUAUAUUCAGAAAAUAGAAGUUAUUUUGUUGUACAAUUAACUUCUAAUUAAAGGAAUAAAUUUUAAUUAGAAACACCACUAUAGUGGGUAGG